AUGCUGUCCAUAAAUAUUUUUGGUUGGGAGCUUUCAACAAUAGUUAUUGAAGGAAAUUCAUUUUAUAUUGUGGAUGACAAUCUAUAUGCAUUGUUUGGAUAUGUAAACAUAAAAACAAGAGUUGGAUAUCUGAAGGAACUGUGUUUUUCAAAAGCUCAGAAAUAUCCUUUUAUUUUACGUGAGUCUGGCCAGGUUCAGAAAAGCACAGAAGGUGUGAGUAAGUCCUCCUGCAAACUUAUGUCUGGUGAGAAAUAUAUAUUAACUCCGGACAUGUUGUCUUUAAUGCCUUUGGAGAAGCAAGACCAAGGCGAAGCAAAACUCAGGAGUGUAGUUUGUACAAAUUCUUUUGUAAAAGAACUAUCCCAGCUUAUUACUCUGGUUCCACCUCACAACACCGAGAGUGUUUCCUGUGCAAGCUACUCCAGCCAUCCUCAACCAACUACACCAUCUUUGCCACCAUCUACUCCACCACCUUCAUCGCUAAUCAAUGCUUUCAACCCAUCACCAAGACCAUCAGCCCGUAAAAGAAAAACAAAUGGUGAUUGCCAGUGUCGAAGUUUAUUUAAAAGGCGAAUGAUUGUCUCUGACAACACCUCAGCACGAAGCAAGCGGCGAAGGGUUUUGGCAUCAAAGCGGUUGUUUAUGUCGUUGGGCGAGAAACGGCCCCCACAUAUCAACAUGGGUAAAGUCGAAUUUGAUGUAAGAACAACCAAGGCUGGUGACGAGAGUGUUCAUGUGGUUCUAAAUAUGUCCGAAGCUCAAGGUCCACAACAGCCACUUGAAAUCGCUCAGCGAGUCACAACAACAACACCUGAGACUACUCCUGCACUUCCGCAGAUAGCAAGUCGAGAAGAUGAGAUUCAAGUAGCUGUUAUGGACCAGAAACUUAAUUGUGUCCAAAACCCAGUACCAUGA